CUCAGCUUCAAAUUCCAGAGCCCAAUGACAAUGAACUUUAGGUAAUUAGAAAAACUCAUCAUUACCACCUGGGUGGGAUUCAAAUACUGGUUUUAGUAGCGUUCUUACUGCGCUUUUUUCUUGCAUAUGAGACAACAACACCUGACAUGGAAAGAAAGUGAGACUGCUUCACCUGAAACUGUUGAAGUAGUCAAAGAAGAGGCAAGUUCUUCUGGUAGUGUCUUAAUAUCAUAGGAUGAUCAGUCAAGCAGCGAUCAUAAUGUCAAUGAACUGCAUGGGGCACAAGCUGAUCUGUUUAAACCUAUGACCUGUGAAGGCAACCCAAAUUUCUGAUGGGGAUCAAAUGAUAUGGGAAAACACGGGUAGUUUCACCAAGGAAUGUCAAGUUUCUGAAGAGAUCCAGAGCUACAGUUCUGUGAAGGUUGCAGAUGUCAGUCCAAAGGUCCAAAGUUCUAGUGCAUCUGAUUUGAAAAGGUCUGAUGCUGUGUCUGACUCUAGAUUUAAAAACCAAGCAAAAGAUGAUGGUAGUAGAUUUAACACAAAGAGUAGGAACCCACAUGUGGAAGAUGCACAAAUGCUGGCUUUAGGUGGAAGGAUAAUAGAUGAAACGAAUGAUGUUGACCUGAGCAGUUCAGGUCCAGAAAAUUGUCAACUGGUGAUAACUGAUUGUGGAAACGAAAAACCCGAACAGCUAGACCUUCCAAAUUCCUGCUAUGUUGGAGGACAGGUUUUCCAGGAAAAUAAAUUGCACUUAAAUGAUUGUGUUUCAGUUUUUUCCCUGAAGAAUCCCAGCAGAAAAAUGUUCUUCAAUUUGUUGAUUCAAAAGAACCAGAAGGAACUGGUGCCUGCAGAAGUGAAUCAGAAAUUUCCAGAACCCUUUCCCUAAUACCACAUGGUAUGCUAGAUUUCAGUUCUAAUGUCGCAGAAAUAGUGGAGUCCCAGAAUGUGGAUAAUACUGCAUCAGUAUCUGAAAACUGGUUGAGAGUUACAACCUGGACUCAUAGUCAAGGAAUGACUUUCAGCUUCAUUGACAAGGCUGUUCUUUGAAAUUGGAUAGUGUGGGAGAUUUCAUGUCCAAGCUAAACGUGAAAGUGCAAGUUGAGGGUGGCUCUGCGAUAAAAGACGUAAUUGAGCCCAAAGAUUUCAGAACCAAAGAUUGCAACUCAGCUGUUAAAAGUUGGUCUGGUGUCCCUCAGUUACAGACUGAAGAUGACAAAAGCUAUUGCCAGAAAGAUACUACCGUAGAGCAGAAUAAUUUGAAGAGUGAUAAAAUCAAUCUCAGUUGAGAAAUUGGUGUCAUACGAGAGUAGCAGGAUAUUAAUCCCGGAUCUUGAUUGAAUGGAACCUUGCUUGCAAACAACGUUUCCUGCAAGGUAUUUGGGGAAACUGUUCAUGAGGUUGGUUUAGAUGACUGUGAUGCCUGUGGAAUUGAAUCAAAGAGUUUCAAAGUAGCAGCAGCAAUGCAUGAUGGCAAUCUUUGGUUCCGGUAUGCAUUCCUUAGGAACAAAUGCAUACCGGUUCUCCAUUUCCUGGGCUAGAAUUCUACCUGAUGGGAUGCUCGGCUCAGUCAAUCCAAGAGGGAUUAUCUUUUAUAAUAACCUUAUAGACCAUCUUCUAAGCAAAGGAAUAGAGCCAUUUGUGACACUUCACCACAAUGACCUGCCCCAAGUACUAGAACAAAGAUAUGGGGGUUGGCUCAGUCCGCUAUUAAGGAACAGUAUGCACAGGAAGUUACCAGAAGACAAGGCCUUGUGCUAGAAGUGGAACAACAAGGCUUAACUAACGCUUCUAUUAAGUAAGCAAACAAUUACUUAAGAAAAAAACAACAGUAUAAAGUUAUCCAUAGAACAGAUGCAGAAACACCAAAAUAGGCACGGGACAGUUUCCAAGCCUGCUUUUGGGGAAUGCUUAUUGAAAAAGCAGGAAACAGAGAUCAACUCUAUCCAUCAUGAUGAAUUAUACCAAAUUAAGCAUUUGAUAAAUAUUUCAGAAUCAGAAGUGGGAGAAUUUCUGAUCAGUAAUAGUCGCAGCUAUUUUUGAGUGCCAACAAACAAGCCGGAGAAGAAAAGGAGUGAGAAGGAGUGAGAAGCAGUUAUAAAAGUAAAGCUCAAUUAUAUAAGUAAAUUGCCAUUAGUUAUCCAUAAAAACUCAAGAAUAUAUAAGUAAACAGCAGGAAAACUUGCAGUAACAGUUCCAGCAGAUAUAUAGUGUACACAAUGUAAAAAAUUGGUAUUGGUUUUAGUUCCACUGAAUUUAAAAGUCAAGAUUUCGAUUGCAUUCCUAAUUAUAUA